AUGGAGCCCUCAGGCACCCCAGAGUCCAGCACCUCUUUUGAUUAUGAUUAUCAGAGCUUUCUGUGUGAGAGCAAGACCUUCACCUUUGCCACCUUCAGCACCACCAUCCUGUACUUCCUGGUGUUCCUCCUCAGCCUAGUGGGCAACAGCCUGGUGUUGUGGGUCCUGGUAAAGUAUGAGAGCCUGGAAUCCCUCACCAAUGUCUUCAUCCUCAACCUGUGCCUCUCAGAUCUGGCAUUCUCCUGCUUGUUGCCAGUGUGGAUCAUGGCGUACCACUGGGGCUGGGUGCUGGGGGACUUCCUCUGCAAGCUCCUCAACAUGAUCUUCUCCAUCAGCCUCCAAAGCAGCAUCUUCUUCCUGACCAUCAUGACCAUCCACCGCUACCUGUCGGUGGUGAGGCCCCUCUCGUCCCUGCGUGUCCACACCCUCCAGUGCCGUGUGCUGGUGACCACAGCCGUGUGGGCAACCAGCAUCCUGUCCUCCAUCCCUGAUGCUGUCUUCCACAAAGUGUUUUCUUCAGGCUGUGACUACUCAGAAAGCAAGUGGUUCCUAGUCUCAGUCUACCAGCACAACGUCUUCUUCCUGCUCUCCAUCGGGAUUAUCCUGUUCUGCUACGUGGAGAUUCUCAAGACCCUGUUCCAUGCACGGUCCAAACGGCGCCCCCGGACAGUCAGGCUCAUCUUCACCAUUGUGGCAGCCUACUUCCUCAGCUGGGCGCCGUACAACCUGGUCCUGUUUCUGCAGACACUGCUGAAACUCGGGGUGAUCCAGAGCUGCGAGCUCAGCCAGCAGCUGGAUUAUGCCUUGCUCAUCUGCCGCAAUGUUGCCUUCUCCCACUGCUGCUUCAACCCAGUGCUCUACGUUUUUGUUGGGGUCAAAUUCCGCAGACAUCUCAAACGUCUGCUCCAGCACUUCUGGCUCUGUGGGCACCAGGCAGCCAGCAUUCCCCAUCACUCUGCGGACGCCUUCAAUUGUGAGGGUGCCUCCUUCUAUUGA